CGUCAACCGAGAAAACGCAACCCAACAAAAUUACAAAACGGUAACGUUUUCCGUAAAGCCGGUCAACCUAAACCCCUCUCCCCAUUCUCUCUCUCCCCAUUCUCUCUCUCUCACACUAAAUGCACUUCUCAGCCACAAAAACCUAAAUUCUCAGAUCGCCGAUUCCCACACGGCACUCCGGUCAAAUCCCUCCGCCUAUAAAUCAGUCUCCAUCGUCGACAUACUCGCCGAUUCACCGAAACCCUAGCUUUGUUCCAAUCCUCUUCCCUCUGAAAUAAACCCGAUUUUCGAUCCGGUGUUCUCAGAUCUCGGCCUUUUUUUUUCAGAUCGAUGGAGGAGGACGACGAGAUGCAUUCACCGGUGUCGGCGGGGAGCGGAUCUCCGGCGUCGCCGAGGGCGAACGGUCGGAUAACGGUGACGGUGGCGGUUCCGUCUCAGAUACCGACGGCGGCGCAAGAGUCGCCGCAGAACAACACGCUAACCCUAGCGCUGCCGUCGCAGGUCAGAAGCAGCGGCGGGAGGGAGGACUGCUGGAGCGAAAGCGCGACGGCGGUGCUGAUCGAGGCGUGGGGGGAGAGGUACCUGGAGCUGAGCAGAGGGAACCUGAAGCAGAAGCACUGGAAGGAGGUGGCCGACAUUGUGAGUAGCAGAGAGGACUAUGGGAAAAUCCCCAAAACUGAUAUCCAGUGCAAGAACAGAAUCGACACUGUGAAGAAGAAGUAUAAGUUGGAGAAAUCGAAGAUGAUGGCCGGAGGUGGGCCGAGCAAGUGGCCCUUUUUCGAAAAGCUUGAUCAUUUGAUUGGCGCCACUGCUAAGGGUACCCUUGGUUCUGCUUCUGGUGGUGGUUCGGUGCCGCCGGGUUUCUUGGCUAAGAACCAUAAGAUUCCGAUGGGAAUGCCGGUCGGGGUCCGAGGAGGAGGAGUUGGUCAUUUUGUCCCCAAACACCAGCAGCAGCUGCAGAAGGCAAAUGCUAAGAAAAGGGAUCCGGUGGAGUGGGAUUCGGAUUCUUCAAGGGAGGUCUCUCCGGUCUCUGCUGAUAGCUUUCCGCCCCCUGUUUCUGAGCUGAAGAGGCCGAGGAUGGCUGGGCGGGGGGUGAAUACUGGUUUAGGGAGGGGGAGAGGAGGAGGAGGAGGAGGAGGGGUUGGGAAAGAGAUUAGAGGAAGAGUUGGGGGUGGAGAGAAGAAAGGUGGGUGGGGGAAUUCAAUGAGGGAAUUGGCGCAGUCAAUGCUGAGGUUCGGGGAGGCUUAUGAGCACGCCGAGACUGCAAAGCUGCAGCAGGUGGUGGAGAUGGAGAAGCAGAGGAUGAAGUUUGCUAAAGAGUUGGAGUUGCAAAGAAUGCAGUUUUUCAUGAAGACCCAGCUGGAGAUUUCGCAGCUCAAGCAUGGUAGGAGGAAUGGGAAUGCGAGUAAUCAUCACCGCAGCAGCAACAACAACAACAACAGCGAUAGCAACUAGGAACCGAAAACAAGCCCAUGUUGGCGAAUUUGUACUCUUAAAAGUGGUAGGUUUGAGUGUAUGAUCUGUUUUUCUCUUUGUUAUCACAUAUUUAAGUUUGUGAAAUCUUAGGAAGAGAGUAGUGUCAUCAGGGUAAAUGGUUGAUUAGGAUUUAGAGUUGAUUCUUAUUGGCAAGUCUAGUUGAGUCUUCUUGACUUAGCUGUUGUGAAUGCUGUUUUAACAUUAUGAAAUGAAAAUGGGGAUCAGCUUUAGCAUUGA